AUGAGUGAGUAUGGUGCAGACGGCAGUGUUUACUAUUUAAUGUUAAGGUUUUUCUCGCGUUGUAAAAGGCAGUUGCCCGAUUGGACGCAUCCGCAGGCUAAACGAAUCAAUCAACGAACGAACCAACCAACGCACGAUCGACUGGAAAACGGAAUCCCAGUGACUAUCGCUGCUCAAUCCUGGUUCAAGAACAAGAUGUCAGAACGAGGAUGGAAUGAUCCGCCUGAUUUUUUAUUCCAAAAUAACAAACCUACAAGUGAUGUACCACGACUAUACCGCUUAUAUGGCAAAAGGCAAACGCCUUCGGGUGCGAUUCCUGCCAAUAACCUCACCACAAAUUUCUUAAACAAAGACAAUGGACCCCCAAUUUCCGUAGCUCCUCCUAUCGUUCAUACAGAUAAAUCGAAAGAAAACAAUCUCGCCGACGAUACUAGUCAUCAAUCCUUGUCCUCAACUACUAGUGUAAGCCUCACUGUUGAUGAAAUGACCGGAUGCCUUAAAAAUAUGUUGGAUAAAUGUAAAGAAUCGUUGGAUGUGGAGGCGAUAGCUGAUAUUGAGAAAAGAUUGCAGGAAAUGGAGUCCAAAUGGCGUUCAAAUCUACUAUCAAAAUCUACCAUUGAUGCAUUAUCGACAAUUUAUGAUGCAAUAAAGGAUGGUAGCAAUUAUGAGAAAGCUAGCGAAGUCUGUACUGCUUUGGCUAAGAACAAUGUUGAAGAAGUAAUUUUUAAUUAG